GGUGGUCAUUAGUACAUCAGUGAUCGGUAGUCUUGGGUAAGAGAGAGAGCUCAGCAGCCUCAGCUAGCAGAAGCACCGUCGGCCAUGAGUAGAAACAGCACGAGAUCAUCAGGGAGGAGUAGUAGCACCGUCGGCUACGAUGGCUACGGCUCCAACGACGGGCGGGACGUAUCCGUCAGCCGCUCGGCGAAAAUGCCAAUAAGCACUGUACAAGCUCAUCACGGAGGUGGCGGCCAUAUACCUCGGCAACUAUCAUCAGCAGGGGAAGUUGAUCCUCGUUGCAAUCUUCCCCCAAAUUACCAUACCGUCGCACCAUGGCCGGUCCCUGCACAUCCGUCGUACGAGUAUAUGUUUCUGUGGACGCAGCAGCAGCAGCUGUUGCUGCAGGCCAUGCAGACAAAUUCUCUGCUGUUGCUGCAGGCCAUGCAGACAAAUUCUCCUCCGGCGUUCAUCCUGCAGCGGCAUGGAGCCUGCCUAGCACCCAACCUGCAGCCACGACAGGCGCCUGGAGGGCAAGCAUAGCCGCGCGCCCUCGGGAAUAAAUAACAUAUCGGUGGAGAAAUUCUUGCUUAAAACAGAGUACAAACUUCGAUCUGGUGUGGCGUGUUCUUAUGGUACCUGGAUUUACAACGCGGUACUUGUGUUACUGGUAUAUUGUUUCAAUUAAUACUCGCACAAUACUUGUGAUUUCAUACAAAUAAAUAAAUGUAUACUAUAUGUUCAAAGAGAAUGUUGUACUUCCUCCGUCUCACAUAUUAAGUGAUUUCAAAUUUGUCUAAA